AUGCCAAGAUCGCGACCUCGUCUGUAUCAUUCGACAGAACGUCAACGCACCACCAAGCCCGUCCACUCCGUCACCCCUCUCCGCUCUACCCCAAUUGCUGUCGCCAUGUUUCUGCAGCGCUCUGCCGUCGCCGCCGCACGACGAGUGGCCCCCCGCGCCAUCGCCCGCCGCACUUUCACCACCACUUUCGUCCGCCGCGAUGUGAACGACAAGUCUGCCGCGGAAAAGGCGGCCAGCCAGUCCGGCAACCCGCCCAGCAUCCUCGAGGGCCACAAGAAGCUUGACGAGAUCAAGACUGAGGCCGACCUUCUUCCCCCUGGUGCGCAGCCCGGUACCAUUCCUACCGAUGCCGAGCAAGCCACCGGUCUUGAGCGUCUCGAAAUCCUCGGAAAGAUGCAGGGCAUUGACAUCUUCGACAUGAGGCCAUUGGACGCCAGCCGUCUCGGCACCCCAGAGGACCCCAUUGUUGUCAACUCUGCUGGUAACGAGCAGUACGUGGGCUGCACCGGCUUCCCUGCUGACUCCCACAACGUUCUCUGGAUCACCCUCACCCGCGAGGAGCCCCAGUCUCGCUGCAUGGAGUGUGGUUCUACCUACAAGAUGCACUACGUUGGCCCUGCCGACGACGCGCACGGACACGACCACCACCACGCCGAGAACCUCUACCCCAAGCCCAAGGACAUGGCUGACUUCCUCAAGCCUGAGUACCUGUCCCGAUAGAAUGGUCGAUAUCUAGAUUCUGAAGGCGAGAAGCCAUGUAGCAUAGUGGGAUUGGAGACGUUAUUUC